ACACCCCCAGUCUGUCCUCGAUGCCGUCAGCCUUGGCCAUCUUCACUUGCCGCCCGAACUCGCACCCAUUUCAGGAGCGCCAUGUCUACCUGGACGAACCCAUUAAAAUCGGCCGCUCCGUGGCCCGCUGUCGACCAGCGCAGAAUAAUGCUACCUUUGAUUGCAAAGUGCUGUCAAGGAAUCAUGCUCUCGUCUGGUUUGAUCACAAGACGGGCAAGUUUUAUCUCCAAGACACUAAAAGUAGUAACGGUACCUUUAUAAAUAGCCAGAGAUUGAGUCGAGGCUCUGAAGAAAGUCCACCAUGUGAAAUUCUUUCUGGUGACAUUAUCCAGUUUGGGGUAGAUGUAACGGAGAACACACGGAAAGGUACGGUUACCCAUGGGUGUAUUGUUUCCACAAUAAAACUUUUUCUACCAGAUGGUAUGGAAGCCCGACUCCGCUCAGAUGUCAUCCAUGCUCCAUUACCAAGUCCUGUUGACAAAGUUGCUGCUAACACUCCAAGUAUGUACUCUCAGGAACUAUUCCAGCUUUCUCAGUAUCUACAGGAGGCCUUACAUCGGGAACAGAUGUUGGAACAGAAGUUAGCCACACUUCAGCGACUACUAGCCAUCACCCAAGAGGCUUCAGAUACCAGUUGGCAGGCUUUAAUAGAUGAAGAUAGACUCUUAUCACGGUUAGAAGUUAUGGGAAACCAAUUACAGGCAUGCUCCAAAAAUCAAACAGAAGAUAGUUUACGGAAGGAACUUAUAGCAUUACAGGAGGAUAAACACAACUACGAGACGACAGCCAAAGAGUCCCUGAGGCGGGUUCUUCAGGAGAAAAUUGAAGUGGUUAGAAAACUUUCAGAAGUUGAGCGAAGUCUGAGUAAUACUGAAGAUGAAUGUACACAUCUUAAAGAAAUGAAUGAACGGACUCAGGAAGAAUUAAGAGAAUUAGCCAAUAAAUAUAAUGGAGCAGUUAAUGAGAUUAAAGAUUUAUCUGAUAAAUUAAAGGUAGCAGAGGGAAAACAAGAAGAAAUCCAACAGAAGGGACAAGCUGAGAAAAAAGAAUUACAACAUAAAAUAGAUGAAAUGGAAGAAAAAGAACAGGAGCUCCAGGCAAAAAUAGAAGCUUUGCAAGCUGAUAAUGACUUCACCAAUGAAAGGCUAACAGCUUUACAAGUACGGUUAGAACAUCUUCAGGAGAAAACUCUUAAAGAAUGCAGCAGUUUAGGGAUACAAGUUGAUGACUUCUUACCUAAAAUAAAUGGGAGCACAGAAAAAGAGCACUUGCUUUCAAAGAGUGGCGGGGACUGCACUUUUAUUCAUCAAUUCAUAGAAUGCCAGAAGAAGCUGAUCGUCGAGGGGCAUCUAACCAAAGUGGUAGAAGAAACAAAGCUUUCAAAAGGUGGUUUUCUGUGGGUUUUGACCACUCUUUUGGAUAAUGGAGAAAACCAGGCAAAAGCAAAAGAAUCUGAUUUGUCAGAUACUCUGAGUCCGAGCAAGGAAAAAAGUAGUGACGACACUACAGACGCCCAAAUGGAUGAGCAAGACUUAAAUGAACCUCUUGCUAAAGUGUCUCUAUUAAAAGAUGACUUACAGGGUGCACAGUCAGAAAUUGAGGCAAAACAAGAAAUUCAGCAUCUUCGCAAGGAAUUGAUUGAAGCCCAGGAACUAGCUAGAGCAAGUAAACAAAAAUGCUUUGAACUUCAAGCUCUUUUGGAAGAAGAAAGAAAAGCCUAUCGAAAUCAAGUUGAAGAAUCCAGUAAACAAAUACAGGUUCUUCAAGCCCAACUACAGAGGUUACACAUCAAUAUUGAGAAUCUCCGGGAGGAGAAGGACAGUGAAAUCACAAGCACUCGAGAUGAACUGCUUAGUGCCCGAGAUGAAAUUUUGCUUCUUCAUCAAGCAGCAGAAAAGGCUGCCUCUGAGCGGGACACUGACAUUGCCUCGUUACAAGAAGAGCUUAAGAAGGUGCGAGCUGAGCUUGAGCGGUGGCGGAAAGCAGCGUCUGAAUAUGAGAAAGAAAUCACAAGUCUGCAAAAUAGUUUUCAGCUUCGAUGUCAGCAGUGUGAGGACCAGCAGAGAGAGGAAGCAACAAGGCUACAAAGUGAACUAGAGAAGUUGAAAAAGGAAUGGAAUGUAUUGGAAACCGAAUGCCAUUCUCUAAAAAAGGAAAAUGUUUUGUUAUCAUCAGAACUGCAGCGGCAAGAAAAAGAAUUGCACAAUUCUCAGAAGCAGAGUUUAGAGCUUACCAGUGAUCUCAGCAUCCUUCAAAUGACUAGGAAGCAGCUUGAGAAUCAAGUGGGAUCCUUGAAAGAACAGCAUCUUCGGGAUUCAGCUGAUUUAAAAACGCUUCUCAGUAAGGCUGAAAACCAAGCAAAGGAUGUACAGAAAGAGUAUGAAAAGACACAGACUGUACUCUCAGAACUGAAGUUGAAGUUUGAAAUGACUGAGCAGGAAAAACAAUCAAUCACAGAUGAACUCAAACAAUGUAAAGACAACCUGAAGCUGCUCCGAGAGAAAGGAAAUAAUAAACCCUGGCCCUGGAUGCCCAUGUUGGCUGCCCUGGUUGCGGUGACAGCCAUCGUGCUGUACGUGCCAGGUCUUGCCAGAGCGUCUCCAUGAGAGCGUUUCUUGAGUCCGUACACCGUCCUCCCUUUAGAAGCUGGCAUCACACUCAUGCUGGGGACAAACAGAACCAUUUUCUUCCUUUUUACCUCUUAAGACAGCAGAAGUGCAAGAAUACAGCUGUAGGGUCAUUGCUUUAAAUUAUAUAAAAUGUAUCUAUCUAUAAAGAGGAUAUAAAAUUGUGACUUUAUUCUACUGUAAGCAAUAAUUUGCUUGCAAUUUUUCAUGUAAUUUUUAAAUUAGUAUGUUGAGAUUCUGAAUAUUAUGGUGGCCUAAAGUAGGCUUCUUGGUACACCAAAUUAUUUAUAACAUUAAAUUUAUGGGUAUUUUACUCUGAAUUCUAAUGGCCAGAUAAUUCAUUUUUCUGAUUCGAUAACUACCCAAACCAAACAACCAGUACAUACAUGGGAAGAGAGGCCCUGUGUGCUCAGUGCCUAUCAGUUUGAAAUAUAUACACAUAUAUAUAUAUUUUUUACAUAUUUACGCCAUUUUUACUUGUUAUAAAACCACUGAGCUAUUGGGAACAAGACUUAGAGACAACUAUUUGUGUGGAUUUUCUUUCUUUCUUUCUUUCUUUCUUUUUUUAAAGAGAAAUACACUUGGAAAAUAUUCUGUUCUAGUGAUAAUUUGGGGAAUAUAUGCACGCUUGUUCAGCCUUAAUGUGACUUGACAAUGUGGAGGACAUCAACUUUGAAAAACUUUCCAUGAGAGUGUGUAUUUUCUUGAGCAAACUGAAGUAUUUCUGGGAGCAAAAACAAUUCUACAAUUUCAGUGCAGUAAACCAAACUGUUGAGUCAAUUGGAAUGUAAUUUAUUAAACCUCAUGUAUUUAAAGAGAUAUUUUCUUUAAAAGCCAAGUUACUUUCUCAUAUACAGCAUUUUAGGAAGCAUGAUUUUUUUUCUAUCAUCUCUUCCUCCAAGCAUGUUUAAUUGAAGAAAGAAUUAAUAUCUCUUUAGAUAAGCUUUUACUGACUUAAUUUGGUUAUGAUAUUUCAAAGCUAAUUCAUGUUCAAGGUGAGCUGUUGUUACCUACCAACAGAUUUCCUGGUCGGGUAUGCAAAUGGUUAUUUUCUUUUUACUGUUGUUAAUUGGGACUUUCUGUUUAUGAGAAGCAUUAUUCCCAAGAUUAAUAGUGUUCCAUGCACAGUGAGGCACCUAAACACUGCUUGAUGUUAUAAAUUUAAAACACAGAAGUGAAAGUUUAGCUAUGGUUUUGUGCGGCACCACAGUUAUGUCAAUAAAAUUUAUUUAGGUCAUAGAAUAUCCUAAAGUAUCACAUAGUUAAAUUUUUCAGUCAGUGAAGACUGGGAGGGAUGUCAGUGAAUUGGCUUGAUUGUUCUGUGGCAAUCCACAGGCCUAGCCAAAUGUUGAAAUAGAAGUUUAGGAUAUAAUUUGCCUUGUGAUGUUUGGCAGUCGUUGUUUAUACUUUAAAGGUUAUAUUUUAAGCUAUUUGGGAUUUGCUGUUGGGAGGAUCACUAGAUUUAUGGAGGAAUUAGUCACAAACGACUUGUAGAAAAUGCUGUCAUAUAGUUCAUUUCAUCAUUUUCUGUUGCAGGAAGCCACUCCACCACAGAAUGCUAAUAUGCCAGUGGUACCCAGUACCUCUUGUAUAUAGGUUAUUGCAAAUAUUGUUCUGAAAUGCUUAACUUCAGAAUUACAUUUUUUAAAGUAAAUAAUUGUUUUAAAUCUAUUUUGUAAAGAUAUAAAGUACAAUAGAAUUUCUGGAGUACAGAUUAAACUAUUUGCACUAACACACGUGAUGUGCAUGAUUUAAUAAAAUAACUUUACUCUCCCUA